AUGGCUGCGAUUUAUCGCCGCAUAUUCUGCGGCAUUGCACUCCUCCAGGCCUUCGUGGCGAGUUCCCCUUUACCUCUUGAUACUAUGCCUCGCUAUUUUCAGAAUACUCCCAUCACACGUCGACAGGUAUCGGUCUCUCAAAUCGAACAUGAGCUGGGACCAUUACUUUCUCCUAACUCGGCUAUUUUCUUGCCUUCCGAUCCCGAGUGGGCAAACGUCAAUGAGAGAUGGAAUACAUUAGCCCCCCCGGAUAUAGAAAUCGUGGUACAGCCAGCAGAAGAAUCAGAUGUCCCGAUAAUUGUCCGAUAUUGUAACGAUAAUAGCUUCGAGUUCCUGGCAGUCAACCGUGGUCAUGGCUUUACAACGUCUCUAGGUACAUUCAAAGGAGUACAGAUUGACCUAAAGCAGCUUACUGCUAUUAAUAUUGAGAAAGAUAGGAAAUCAGCUCUAUUUCAGGGCGGAGCAUGGGCCCGUGAGGUCAUAGGAACACUUUGGGAUCGUGGCUAUGUUACAAGUGGACAUGGUCGCUACGAGGGACUGUAUGGCCUGGUGGCCGAUAAUAUCAUCCACUUGAAUGUUGUCCUAGCUGAUGGCUCGGUAAUUUCAGUGAAUAAGACCAGUCAUAAUGAUCUACUCUGGGCUAUGAAAGGAGCUGGUCAUAACUUCGGCAUUGUUACCAGCUUUAAGCUCAAGAUUUACCCCAAGAAAGUAGAAACUUGGCACUAUCACAACUAUUUCUGGACGCAAGAUAAGCUCGAGACGGUAUUCGAAGAGCUAAACAAGAUCCAAGACCAUGGUAAAUCCCCUGUAUUAUUGGGAUCGAGUUAUGGGCAAAUCUACAUGAAUCAAUCUCUUAGCAAAACCGAGGCUAUCCUUUGGUGGACCUUCGCCUAUGCCGGCGCUGCCUCUGAGGCCGAGAAUAUUCUGCGCCCGUUUAACCAGAUCGAGGCCAUCUCAGAGGAAAUGGGUGACGUCCCCUAUCCUGACAUAGUUACUCCUCAAAACACUGAUAUCGCAUCUUGUGGCUCCGCCGCCUACGCUAUUUCCACCGUUUUGCUCCAAACCUAUAAUAUCACUGCGCAGCGCCAGAUCUACGACCUUUUCAACCGAAACGCGGCUUUAUAUCCGGAGCUUGCGGAGACUUCUCGCCUUUACUAUGAAGGCUAUGCGGUUAAGGGAAUGCAGGCUGUUGCUUCCGCCUCUACUGCGUAUCCUCACCGCGAUGAAAAUCACCUAGCUUUCUUCGCGACCGCGGUACCUAAGGGAUCUGACCUGUCUGACCCAGCUAAGACGUGGGCUAAAGAUAGUUGGGAUCUAUGGAACGCGGGUCAGCCCACGCGUAAGCCAGCAACUUACGUAAACUAUGCGACAGGCAACCAGUAUGAGUUGCUAGAGUCUAUAUAUGGAUACGAAUCGUGGCGCCUUGAACGAUUGCGGGGGCUGAAGAAUAAGUAUGACCCUAACAACCGCUUUCGCUUCUUCGUUCCCAUUGUUGCUGCUGAUGAAGAACCUAAACGAAUACAUGGUUAG